AGAGUUGACCCAACUCCUAGGCAAGGUACACGUGACGUGCUGAGGCUGUACCUCGGAGAUCCCGCUAUGACAAGCGAGUAACCUCAUGCAGUUGUCUGCCUCGAUUCGACCAGUUGGCCUACUAGGUACUAGCAAGAGCUGCGUUGAUCCGCGGACUUGUCCUUUUACCAGCGUCAUCUGAUUGGUUCGGAGUCACGCCGGGCUAUUUUACGCCGCCAGGCUUACCACUCGACCUGCGGUGAUUGCUUGCUAGUCACUGCAUCGUCGUACCGCCUAGUGACUCGCCUCGCCACCGCUUAGAGCGCGUUCGACCAUCUUCUAUCGCAAGGCCCUUCGGUGACCGCAGUAGUAGUAGUAGCGGAAGCCGCUUCGAUUCGCCACGCUAGCUGGCGCGCUUAUCCGGCCAUCGCUCCUUGGCUCUUCAUUCGCUUAGAAGUGGCUCCACCGUUUUAGUGACACCGCGCUGUGUACAGCUAGUAAUCUGAAACAGGCACUCUUCGAGCCUUCAACAUUAGUGCGAGCGAUGAUAAUUAGAUCAACCACGCUGUACUCGUACUGUUAAUAGUAGUCUGUAUACUCGUUCUGCUAGCGGGUAAUAACUCGUUUCACAAGUUUUCCAGGUCGUUCAGCGAUUAGGCGCUUCUCUGAUUUACCACCAGGCCUUCCGUCACCCUCUGGGGCUCGCUACCCGCGGAUCCGCCACGUGGCGUUGGCUGCUCCUGCCACGUGGCACCUUAUCCUCCACGUGGCGCUCUCUCAGCCAUGGCGCAGCUUCCCGUGGCGAUCGCCUUGAGCCUCGCUGGAGGCGUGGCCCUCCUCCUCCGCCGCCGGGGGCGGCGGAAGCGGGAUGGCGUCAUCCGCGAGUUGGCGGAGGAUUUAGCGGACGCGGGGGAAGGCGGAGAGGGGGAGUACGGGGCGACGGCGGAAGAUGACGAUGAGCUGGCGGAGGGGGAUGCGGGGGACGAGGCGGAGACGGGGGAGGAGGGGGGGCAGGGGGAAGAGGCGGAGGUGGCGGCGAGUAUGAAGCUAAUGAAAGCGGAAUUCGAGGCGGCUAUCUUGGAUGGAAGGGACUUGGACGUGGACUGGGACGAGUUCCCCUACCACAUCAGCAACCACGCCAAGGAGCAUCUGCUGGCGUCCUUCUUCGUGCAUCUCAAGCGCACCCGCCUCGCCAAGUUCGUCUCCUGCUUCCCCAACCUCAGCAACUGGAUCCUGCUCUCCGGACCACAGGGCAGUGAGGUGUACCAGGACACGCUAGUGAGGGCCAUCGCCAGGAAGCUCAAUGCACGGCUCAUUGCUGUUGAUGCCGACAAGUUCCUCACUCCCGCGGAACUCUCGUCUCUGCCCAAGAGGAGGGCAGUGGCGGACAAGGCACGCGACUCACUGGACUCUGCAGGCCUCUCCGACUCCCUCGACUCGCCUCUCUACGCGAGUGUAGCAAAGCACCUGGUGGCGAUGGCGGCAAUGAUGGCAGUGGGGGUGGCGGUGGGCAACACCCUGGGGACGGGCACGGGCACCGGGAGGGGGGCGGGGGCAGGGGCAGGGGGGGACAGCAACAGCGGGGCGUAUUCGCAGAGCGGGGAGGGGGAGGGGGAGGGGAGGGGGGGCGGGGAUGAGUAUGGGUUUGGGAGUGGGGGAGGGGAGGAGGACGGGACGGGCACCAGGUCGCUGAGAGUGGGGGACCGUGUCACGUAUGUCAACGUUGAUGGCUACAGCACCGACGUUCCUGUCCCCAGUCGCCCUCCUCGCGGGGCGACAGGGCAGGUGGUGGCGACGUACGAGACGGUGGGGGUGCGCUUUGACUCGCCCGUGCCGGGGGGCCACUCCCUCAGCGGCCUCUGUGACGGCGGCCAUGGGCACAUCUGCUACGCAUCUGAGCUGCUAUUGGAGGAAUCUUCCAGCAGUGUCAAAGUUGCGUCAGCCACCGUGGCUCUCAUGGAGGUGCUUCAAAAGGAGCUGCCACAUGGACCAAUCAUUGUGUUCAUCCGCGACGCGUCCCGAUUGGCCGAGGCGUCGUCCAGUGCCGCUCAAUUUGAAUCCCAAAUGAGUCGCCUCGUGGGGCCCAUUGUGUUUGUGGGCUCUGUGGCUCGCACUGACCCCUCUGCUGCUGCUGCUGGAGCUGCUGCUAAGGACGGGGAUGCUGCAGAGGCAGCAGCAGGGGGAGCAGCAGCGAGCAGUGGCAGCUCCAGUGCUGCCUGGGAGCCGCUCAACGACAUGUUUCCGAACCGCUUUGUGGUUCGGCAGCCCAAGGCAGGCCCGGCGGCGGAGGUUUGGGCGAAGCUGAUGGAGCGAGAUGCACAGCUGAUGCAGAUGCUGGCGAACCGGCGGCUGCUAGCAAAGGUCAUGGCGAGCAACGACUUGACGUGCGCUGACAUGGACAAGGUCACAUUCGCUGAGCCACUGUCAGACGACGAUGCGGAGCAGGUGGUGGGGCUGGCAGCGGCACACGCCAUCAUGCAGGGGGCAGCCGAGGAAGAGACGAGUGGGGACAAAGAGACGAGGGAGGGGGGGGUAGAGAGGAAGGGGAAGGAGACGGAGGAGGGAGAGGCGGAGAAGGGGAAGGAGGAGGAGAGGGUGGAGGGGGAGAAGGGGGAGAAGGGGGAGAAGCGGGAGGGGAAGGUAGAGGAGAGGGAGGCGGAGAGGAGGGGUAAGGAAGAGGCGAAGGAGAGGAGGGAGGGGGAGGUGGACGAGGGGGAGAGCGAUGGGGGCGACCUUGUUAUCUCAGCCAAGAGCAUCAUGCACGGCAUAGCGCUGCACCGGGGGCUGCAGGAGGAGGCAGCGGAGGUGAAGCCCACACCCGCUGCUACCAAGAAAAUCGCAUCAGCAAACAAGUUUGAAGAGCGCCUGCUGGCCGAGGUGGUGCCCCCCGACGAGGUGGGCGUCACCUUCAGCCAGAUCGGCGCGCUGGAGCCCGUGAAGGACACUCUAAGGGAGCUGGUCAUGCUGCCACUCAGACGCCCAGAGCUGUUCACCAGAGGGCAGCUCACCCGGCCCUGCAAGGGCAUUCUGCUGUUCGGCCCGCCGGGCACGGGGAAGACCAUGCUGGCGAAAGCUGUUGCCACAGAGGCAGGGGCGAGCUUUAUCAAUAUCUCCAUGUCUGCGGUGCUGCACAAGUGGCUGGGCGAGGCAGAGAAGUCAGUGAAGGCGAUCUUCUCCGUGGCCAGUAAGAUGGCGCCAGCUGUCGUGUUUGUGGACGAGGUGGACAGCCUAUUAGGCCGCAGGGGCCAGUGGGGCGAGCACGAGACGAUGCGCAAAGUGAAGAACGAGUUCAUGAGCUGCUGGGACGGGCUCCGCACGAGGGCUCAUGAGCGGGUGCUCGUGCUGGCAGCAACCAACCGGCCCUUUGAUCUGGACGACGCUAUCAUCCGACGGUUCCCCAGACGUCUGAUGGUGGACCUUCCAGACGCGGACAACCGGGAGAAGAUCCUCCGUGUGAUUCUAAAGGACGAGGAGGUGGAGGAGGGGUUUGACUAUAAGGAGCUGGCCGCGAUGACCGAGGGGUACUCGGGGAGCGACCUCAAGAAUCUGUGUGUGACGGCAGCGUACCAGCCAAUCAAGGAAAUUCUCAAGCAGGAGGAGGAGGAGAAGAAGCGGCUCCAGCUGGAGGAAGCUGCCAGGAAGCCCGACAGCUCGAAUGCAGCAGCAGGCGCAGCACAAGCACCACCUGCUGCUGCUGCUGGGAGCAGUGAGGGCGGUGGGGGGCGAAGCAAAGGAGGUGCAGCAGCAGCAGCAGGUGAAUCUGGUGGUGGUGUUGAUAGCCGGCCCUGUCAAGACAAGCAGCAUGGCUCAGCUGCUCCUGCUGCCACUGCUGCUGCCACGGCUGCUUCCUCUCCUUCUCCUGCUGCUGCUUCCUCGCCUGCUGCUGCGGCGGCCUCCUCCUCUGCCUCUGAAACCCAUCCUGCUGCUUCAUCGGUGCGUUCUUCAGGUGGUGCUGCUGACAUCUCUGCAACAGCUGCUGAUAUGUCACCAAUGCCUGCUGACAUCACUGCAGCAACCGCUGAUGUCACACCAGCACCUGCUGACAUCACGUUAGCAGCCGCUGAUGUCACACCAGCACCUGCUGACGUCCCUUCAGCAGCUACUACGCCUGCAGAGGUGGCAGAAGAGGACGGAGCAGAGGCACAGGUCCCAGAAACAGCAGCAGCAGAAGAAACAGCAGCAGCAGAAGAAGCAGCAGCAGGGAAGGAGAGUGACGAGAUCAGUGUGCCGGGUGUGCAGAGACUCCUCGGGGAGGAGGGGGGCACCGUGGUAGCAGGCAGUGCUUUGAUACAGGGACGCCCUGCAGAGGACGGCACUGUGGAGGACGGCACGGAGAUGUGCGGCACUGAGAUGGGCGGCACUGAAGUGGGCGGCAAUCAGAUUCUGUUCAUCGAAGGCGAUGAGGCUGGGGAGAAGAGCUGCUUGGAGGUUGCUUUUAAUGGAAGUGCUUGUAACGAGAGUGUGUGCAGGGGAGAGAACAGUGAUGAAGGCAAGGCGAAGAUGAGAACGGAGGUCAAUGAGAGAAUAGGGGUGAGAGAAGGAGAGGAGAGUGUGACUAUGAAUGGCUGUGACAAUGGCGGUGGUGCUGUAAAGCGAGGGGAGGGUGAGCCGAUUGUUGCGUCGAAGGGAGAGGAAGGUGGGCCCUGCAUUGGCGAGGUGACUGUAACAAACGUAACUGUGCCUAACUCCACUACAGACAACGGUACUAUAGCGAGUGACCGUUCAGGGAAUGGCGCUGCAGGGAGUGUGAAUGCAGACAGUGUGACUCCAGAUGGUGUGAUAUGCAGGAAAGGUGCACAGCCAGGUGAGGUGGAGAGGAGAGGAGGGGAGGUGGCAGAGGCAGCAGGAGAACCGAGCAUGGAUGGAGGAUUGUCAGGAGAGCUGCGGGUAGAGGGGUGUCAGGCGGGAGCAGGAGAGGCUGGGAGCGACAGGGACAGCAGGGGUGAUAGGGCUACAAUUGGUGUUGCGGUUACAAGGAACGACAGGGUUACAGGGGACGAGAAGGUUACAGGGGGCGAGGGGGUUACAGGGGGCGAGGGGGUUACAGGGAGUGAUGGUGCUGGCAGCAUGGCGCAGCAAGAGGCUGGCAGCAGAGCGCUACAAGACACAGAAGAGACGCAGGGAGGGGGAGGGAAAGAGACUGAGGCUGAUGGUGGUGAGGGCGGUACAGGUGACAAGCUGCCGGGUACAGGUGACAGGCUGCCGGGUACAGGUGACAAGCUGCCGGGUACAGGUGACAGGCUGCCGGGUACAGGUGACAAGCUGCCGGGUACAGGUGACAAGCUGCCGGGUAGAGGCUCAGGGGAUAGCAGGCCUGAGCGUGCUGUGACUGGGGAUACGCCUGAAGGGGUGCCUGCAAGGGAAGAGGUCGGAACUAAAGAAGCACCAGGUGAAGUGGAAGUUAUUCAAGCCUCUUCAGAGAAUAACGAGGAUGGAGUUGGAAAGGGGACGAAUGAGGAGGUGGAGGGAGGAGAGGUGGAAGAUGAGGAGGCGGCAGAGGAGGCGCUGGUGAGGGCAUAGUGGAGGACAUCCUCAGGCGGGGAGCUGAGGGCGGCAGCAUUUCGCCUGCUGACCUGUCUGCUGACAUGGCAGCUGCGCUCCAGAUGGUCAAGGAGAUCACGCGUGAAGAUGACACGUCAGCGGCGGAGGCCGAGGGAAAAAAUCAGGUUCAGUCACAAGCACCAAAUUCCACUCCCCCUCUCCCUCGCCCUCGCAGCGUCUCUCUCCUCCAAUUAGCCGAGGACAGCUGGCGAGAGCGCACUGGUUCAGACCUUUUGGGCUUAGGCAAGGCAGGAGCAAGUGGUGACAGUGGCAGCGGCAGUGACAGUGGUGGUGCUGGAAGUGGUAACCGGGUGUUACGGCUGCGGCCAAUCACGAUGGCGGACAUGCGGGCGGCGAAGCUACAGGUGGCGCCAAGCACAGCGGGGGACAGCAGCAGCAUGGCUGAGCUGCGGCAGUGGAACGAGCUCUACGGGGAGGGCGGGUCUCGCAAGAAAGAAAAGCUCUCCUACUUCCUCUGACUUUCUCUUGAGGUGCCGCAAGGAAAAGUUAUUGCUGCUACCACUAGAUUUGACUUGCCACUUUGCCACUUAGGGAUGCUGCAUUUGACAGUGGUGCAUACAUCGGCUCAGCUGCACAGUAGAUGUUUAACCAAAUGUUCCAUUUGGCAGAUUGUAAAAAAGUCUUAGCUGGUGA